CCGAGCCCAUGGCCCGCGAGGAGGCGGCGGCGGCGGCGGCCGGCGAGGAGGCGGCGGCGGCGGCGGCGGAGGGGGGCAGCCUGCUGCUGGAGAUCGUCGGCUCGCCGCUCAACCUGAGCCUGCUGGGGCUCUGCCUCUUCCUGCUCUACCAGAUCCUGCGCGGCGAGCGGCGCGCGGCGCCGGCGGCGGACGCGGACCCGCCGCCGCCGCCCAAGAUGCGGCGCCGCGACUUCACGCUGGCGGAGCUGCGGCCCUACGACGGCGUGCGCGACCCGCGCAUCCUCAUGGCGGUCAACGGCAAGGUCUUCGACGUCACGCGCGCCCGGAAGUUCUACGGGCCCGAGGGCCCGUAUGGGAUUUUUGCUGGAAGAGAUGCAUCCCGAGGCCUUGCCACUUUCUGCCUGGAUAAGGAGGCUCUGAGGGAUGAAUACGACGACCUCUCUGAUCUCAACGCUACACAGCAAGAGACCUUGAGGGACUGGGAAUCACAAUUCACUUUUAAGUAUCACCAUGUUGGUAAGCUGCUGAAGGAAGGGGAAGAACCUACUAUAUACUCUGAUGAAGAAGAAAAAAAUACUCAAGAUGGAAAGAAGGAGUAGAGAAUGUAGUGAGGAACAAUCCAUUUUUGUAUCUUAAAUGAUCAAUUGUAACAUUCUACUUCUGUUUUACAAGUUCCAAUCACAAGAAUUACCUUACAAAAGGUCCAGGGUUACAGCAAAUUGUGUUUCUUUUCAAAUGUUUCCUUUUCAAAUUCAGUGGUAAACUGGUCAAAAUUAAAUGUCUGUCUUCCUUUAACCCUGCAUAAUCUGAAGUAUGCACAGAAAUUGUUUGUGCAAAAGUAAACUGCAAUUUUUGCAAUAAAGGACUAUUACUGUUUUUCUUCUGCCACAAUUUGUGCAGAGUAGGUUGAAAGCCGAAGCUUUUUAUUAACAACCUAGUACUGUGGCCACAAGCACAAGAGGAUCUUCACAUACAGAACCCAAAUUCCACUAAAUUUGGUUUAGUGUUAGCUUUUCCAGGAUCUAGGCAUUGGGUCCUAAUUCUAAUUUCCUUUGGAAAGAGACGCUAUAUUAUUUGUCCGUGGAGCAUCAUACUCAUUUGUGGUACAGUAUAAUUCAGUAUACUAUCAGAUAAUUUGGCUUUUUAAGGAGUUAAAAAGAGGCUUAAAGAUGAAACACUAACUGCUUUUUAAAAAGCUAGUGAUUUUUGAGAGGCUAAAUUGCUUGGAGACUUACAAAAUUAGUAAGGACUGAUGAAUACUUGAUGUAUUCAGUCAUGCAGCUGGAUUAACAUUCUUUGUUUACUUUUAAAGCACAGCUAAAGUAUUACAAAGGUUUAGACAUCGAGUGUAACUGGGCAUCCCCUCAAAAAAGAGAUACCAUGAAGAGUGACUCAGGAGGAUGACUAUCCACUCACAUUUACUCUUAGCAAAACUCUACUGUGAAUUUCAACAAAAUGAAAAUAAACAGUGAAAAUCACCUGCUAUUGAUUCUUAGGCCUACUGUAUGGUCUAUAAAAAGACUUGCUGGUAUGGCAUGAUUAACAAGUGCUCUUGUACAUACAGCUUUGACCAUAAACAUUAUUCUGCUAGUUAAUGCAACAUGUAUAAAACAAAAUAACAUAGCAUAAGCUGUUUCUGUGUCAAGGCUUUUGUUACUUUGGAAUAUUGCCGUUAAACAGAAACGGCAAAAUCUCACGCAUAACCAGCAACGUUAUACCUGGGAGAGCUGAUCUUUGAAUUACUUCUUACUUGCUCUCUUAGCUUACAUCCAUGCUUAAUAAUUGGGUUUGUUCUGACUCUGUAACCAAGUCUGAUACCAUCUGGGUAGAUGAUUUUGACCUAGGAAAAAUGUAAACAUUAUCCCUCAUCAUACAAAAUAUACCUGCAAACCUUUAGCAGGAAUUUUAAGGAGAGAACUAAUGAUUUGUUGAUCUCUUGUAAGUGUGUUUCUUGUCCAGGUGAUUUGUUGUGGGUAUCUAUUUGGUAUAGUUCCCCUUAUCUGGUUUCUCUGUUCCAGCUUUUCUGCUGAGUCACUUCAAUUUGGCAAGAAGACCAAAAUGAUGAACUGCAUCCUAAGAGGGGAAGCGUGUGAACUAGGCAAAUUUGUUCAAAAGUAGACGGUAUUCCAUAAUAGCAGCUCUCAUAAAUGAGUUAACACAAUAUGUUAAAGUGCCUGAGACCAUCUGUGGUGAGAACUGAUAACUUUCCCAUCAGUUCUAACACUUUCAUGGCAUUUUGUCUUUUGGUCACACUGGGCCUUCAAAUGAAGAGUGCAGUUGUUUGGGCCAGAUAGCUUGCAUAAAGUGUUACUGUACGAACUACCUAAUGAAGGUCUAGAGACAAAAGUAAAACUAGUCAUAACCUUUGUGUUGCUAUUUUACUUUUAGAGACGUUUAUACUCUUUGAAAACUACUUCUAAUGGUUUUACCUCAAAUCAGAAAUGUGCUUUUAUUUGUUUAACGCAGAAAAUAAAAUUAGUCUUGCAUA